AUGAAUCAAUUGAAAGAAUUCAUCGCCGACAACACCUCCCUCAUCAACCUUGUGCAAAAGCUCCCCGACGAACUCCACCACGAUAUUAUGGUUCCGUUCGGGAAAGCGGCGUUUUUCCUGGUCGUUUGACCCACACGAACGAGUUUCUGGUUCUACUAGGGGAAAGUUACUAUGCUGACAGAACAGCUAAACAAACUGUUGAAAUUCUAAAGAGAAGAGGGAAAUCAUUGGUUUCUAAAGUGGGUGCAUUGAAGGCCGAGAUGCAGGAUCUUAAUGCCGAGGCCUCCUUUUUCGAUACCACUGCUUCUGAAGUUGCAGAGGAUCUUGUGGAGAUUAGAGAAUAUGAGGAGGACGAUUCAACCGAAAGGGUAUCUCAAUCAGGUCCUGUGGAACUAGAAUCCCCUAGUGUUGCUGAAUCGGACAAUAAAGUGAGUGAAUCUGAGGAUGAUGGGUAUGCCCGUCUAAUGUCAAGGUUGGAAGAACUUGAGAAAGAAGAACUUGCAGCUGAAGAUGAUGGAGAAAACGACGAAGAUGAGGAUGCUAAUGCUAAUGCUACUGAAACUGAUGGCGACGAAGAUGAGCUAACUGGAGCUACUUUUCACAGGAAAAAAGAUGAAGGCUACAAUUCUCUUGAUCAUGGGCAAAGAUAUUUAGAGUCUCAGCCGAAGAAACAGCUACAACAGUCCAAAGGCAAAGAUCCAAUAAAUGAAGAGAUGUCUACUAAGUAUAAUCAUCAUGAUUUAACUAAUCAGUUAUCUUGUACGGGAUUGACAGCGGAACCUGUUACUAAAGGUGAAAUAUCACACAGCAGGAUUAUACAUCAAGAAACAAAGAUGUUAAAUCCUCCCAUAAAUGCGUCAGUGCCUUCUGAAAAGACGAGUUUGAAGCAGAACAUUCAUGAUUCGUCAAGAAAUGAGAAACCUGUACCGACCACAAAAACAGAAUUUGAUAGUUCCAAGGCUUUUACGGGUUCUAUCAUUGAGCAUACUGAAAAUUUAGAGAAAAAAUUACCGGAACAAAAACGGCUUCAUCACAGUCUUCUCAUUCAAAACCUUCGAAGCCGGUGUCUAGAUUCAAGAUGCAAAGGAAGUAGUUUUACGGGAUCGAGGAGCAUGGAAAAGCUUGAAACGUAAUAUCUUGUCACGCUCGUCAUUGUGAUAACAAUAUCCGAUCAUGCCGUAACUAAUUCCGGAUCGUAAUUGUGGGAAGAAAGUUUUGUUUAGAUUGUUUUCGGGACAGUUGCUCUUGUUACUGC